AUGCCUAAAGCAAAAAACCUUGGUCCCUGUGUUAUACCUGAAUGUAAUUAUGAAAAUGCACGUAGAUUUAGAAAGAUGACCAGUCUUGCAAUUGAAAAAAUAAAAACCAAACAUCCAGAAGGUAGUUACAACUUCAUAGAAGAAGGAAAUGAACUUUGCCAUGAGCAUUAUAUGAAAAUUGUUGAGUCAGAUAUACAUGAAAAAUACCAAAAUAAAUCAUUAAAGAUUGCCCAAACUACAAUCAAUGAUUUAUCUG